AUGUCACUCGUCUCGGGAGAGAAGUCGAACUUCCAGUUCAUUCUUCGUCUCCUCAACACCAACGUCGAUGGCAAGCAAAAGAUCAUGUAUGCCCUCACCAAGAUCAAGGGUGUCGGACGCCGUUACUCCAACCUGGUUUGCAAAAAAGCCGACGUGGACUUGAAUAAGCGAGCGGGUGAAAUCACUUCUGAAGAACUCGAACGCAUUGUCACCAUCAUCCAGAACCCCACUCAAUACAAAAUUCCUACCUGGUUCCUUAAUCGCCAGCGUGACAUUGUGGAUGGCAAGGACUCGCAAGUAUUGGCAAACGGCAUGGACAGCAAGCUGCGUGAGGACUUGGAGCGCUUGAAGAAGAUCCGUGCGCAUAGAGGUUUGAGGCACUAUUGGGGUUUGAGGGUUAGAGGACAGCACUCGAAGACCACUGGUCGGAGGGGAAGGACUGUUGGUGUGUCGAAGAAGAAGGGUUGA